AUGGACGUCCGAGUGCGUUUAGUAUUUGUCGAUGACGUGGGGCGUCACGUACAACGUCGAUGCGGGUUUUCAUCCUGUUGGUAUCUACUUCCAAAUGACUUGAAGCUCGUGGGUGACUUGUCACAUGUGCUACUACGAGAGUUUGGGCUUCGUAAGACUUGUCCAAAGGGACUGGAGCUACACCUGGAGGAGCUACUGGUAUUGGCCACGCAGAGCAUUCGUAUUGUACGAGACAAUGACACGAUUUUCGUUCAGUGUCCUUCCUUAGUAGAGGGAUCAGAAGUUGAUUAUGAUGAAACGUCGUCUUCUGAGAGCGGCUCGAACAAGAUGAAGCUGAGAAAACGAAAAGCGCAUGAGAAGAAGGAUGAAUCAGGUAAGAAGAAAGUCAAGACGAGUCAGGAUGGGUCAAAGGUGUUGAAGAAGCAGCAGAAAUGCGAGUCAAAGCGUCGGAAUAUACCAAAGACGCGUGUUGAAUCGAAGAAGAGCAGCUCAAGUAGCAGCAGUGAUAGCUCAAGUUCGAAUUCGAAUUCGAGUGAAAAUAGCACCAGCAGCAGCGAGCUGGAGGAAAAAUCGAUGACUCGACACAAUAGAAAGAGCGUGGUGCGCGUGGCUAUAGUAAACAAGCCGCUGCGAGAAAGACGCAAAGCUGCUGCGACGAUAUGUAAGAAAACGGUUGUCUCGAACGAAGUUGCAAGCAAGACAAAUGGUACAACGAGUAAAAGUGGAAAAGAGCCAUGCAAGAGACGGCGACGAUUGCGACAUCGGAGCGGAGGACGUCAACGAAAUAAAAGUCAGGCCAGUACUGCAGAGAGCUUUGCUCGCGCUGCGUCGUUAUCUGGUGGCAAGGGUACUGCUUUACAAGCGCAAGAACAAGUGGCGACUGUUCCACGGCUACCCCGACAAAUUUCAUCUAUCGAGAAGCAAAACCGCAGCAACAUUGCUGGUGUUAAAGGCAAGCUUUGUGCCAAAACGCAUGUCCUUUUUGAUGAGGAAACGGGAGACCCGGUCGAAAUUGAUUACGAUGAGCAUCAGUGUGAUGCUAAAAAAAGCAUCCAGCCUACUUGGCGUGCUCAGGCACCCGAACUGGCAAAAUAUGGCCCUUCGUUUUCUAGUAACCAGCACUCAAGAAUUGCACGCAACAAUCAAGAUGGUUUGACUUCUUCUACUACUUCUAGUGAACUGAUUAAUGGAGAUGAAAACGCCGACGUUUGCAAUGAUUCCUCGAAACGAGACGGAAAUAGCAAAUACGUUGAAAAGUGGAAACGUCCGUACAAAAUUGUCGCAAGUGUACUGGACAAGAAGUUGGACAAGUCGGCCUCAUCGACCGCGGAUCUGACCAAGUUGUUGAAUACGUAUCCAGCCGCCCCUACAACUUCUUUCCAGCUUGUUCCGAAAGAUGUCGUUGCUUUCAAGACGCUUACGCUCUGCCUCGAGACAUGGCAGCCUGUUUUGAGCGAGUGGCAAUGCGGUCAGGUGCAAUUUAUGGAUGCAUCAAGAAAUACGAUCGAACUGUCGAGUUGGAUACUCGCAGUCAACAGUGAUUCCAUAGAGUUUGAAGAUGCAUGUACCACUGAACAUCAGAGUGUCCAGAUCAAUGAGAUCAGUGAAUUGCGAUUCCUGAGCGGCCCCAGCUACUCAUCAUUGCUGCAAGUCGAUGGACAGAACACAAGGGAGAUAGGAACGAGACAGAACAUGUAG